AUGGCGGUAACACCAGAAAACGGCUGGCUUGGCGGUCGUCGAAGAAUGUCCCGACCGACUGGAACCGACACAAUCCUUCAAGAUCUUUGGCAGCGGCCGAACGCCACAUGUCUCUCCUCUGCCGCAUGCCCCAUCACCAACAACCCAGCAGGGAGGGUUGAACCACGCCGAAAGUUCAACCGCCACCAAAAGCAUCCCUCGUCCAAUCUUGUCAUCGAAAACCAUCUUUCCGUCGCCAUUGCUCUCGCCAGCAACACCAUCAUGGUUGUCCUGGUGUUUCUGCCGGCCACGAUGGCGGAAUAUGCUAUUCACGUGGAGGCGGCCUUUACGUGA